UGGUUAUUUCUCGCUGUCAUUGAGCCCCAGCGGAAACUCAGUCGGAGGGAUUUUAACGUAGAACAACACUAACUUCCGGUAACGCACGGCGUCCUGCUUCCCCUUGUUGCCACCUGAUCAUCUGACUGGCCGUCAUGACCCUGUUUCAUUUUGGAAAUUGCUUUGCUUUGGCGUAUUUCCCUUACUUUAUAACAUACAAGUGCAGCGGCCUUUCCGAAUACAACGCUUUCUGGAAGUGUGUCCAGGCUGGAGCUACCUACCUUUUUGUCCAGCUCUGCAAAAUGUUGUUCCUUGCGACUUUUUUCCCCACCUGGGAAGGAGGAGCUGGAGUUUAUGACUUUGUUGGGGAAUUUAUGAAAGCAACAGUGGACCUUGCAGACCUGCUGGGCCUCCAUCUUGUCAUGUCACGAAAUGCCGGCAAAGGAGAGUACAAAAUCAUGGUAGCCGCCAUGGGGUGGGCAACCGCCGAACUUGUAAUGUCGAGAUGUCUUCCUCUCUGGGUUGGGGCCAGAGGGAUCGAAUUUGACUGGAAAUACAUCCAGAUGAGCUUUGACUCCAAUAUUAGUUUGGUCCAUUAUAUUGCCAUGGCAGCGGUAGUGUGGAUGUUUACACGCUACGACCUUCCCAAGAGCUUCAGGCUCCCUGUCACUGUGCUGCUGGCCCUCUGUGUCUACAAGUCCUUCUUAAUGGAGUUGUUCAUCCAUGCCUUCGUCUUGGGCAGCUGGACCGUGUUGUUGGUGAAAGCUGUGCUGACUGGUGCCAUCUCCCUCUGCUCACUUCUUCUCUUCGUCUCCUUGGUGCACAGCAACUAAGUCCAAAACCAGUUGCAUUGACCAGUCUUAGAGCCAAGUCACCGAUUGGUGAUUGAGCCAAUUCAUCCAGGCUACCACCCCGCCAGCUGGUGAUUUGGUGGAUCUGCAUUGCAGCUAGUUCUUUUGUGGUGGAUGCAAGUGACAUCAAAAGACAUUCUCUAUGAUAUCGACUGAAACACUUGAUAUUUUGCGAAAGGGUGUAUUUUGAUCACAAAUUUAACCCAUUACAAGCAUUGCAAGUAACAUUUAUGCUCAGCCGUUUUAAUGAAUAGAUUAACAACACAUUUUCAUCAUUUCUUGAAAUGGACACUGCAAAUGUAAUUUUAUUUAUAUCCGACUUUUCAACACGUCAUGAUCUAAACUGAGUAGAAUCAAUCAGCAAGCAAGUUAUUUUUCAUCACAGUACAAAAUUUGACCUCUAUGUGACAAAUCCACCUCAAAUGUACUUAGACUUGUUGAAAGAUUUUUAAGAUGAGAAACUGUAUGAAUAAAUCUCAACUUAUGUUUUCGUCAUUU